UCCGUUUGCUUGUAAGCUUUCGCGAUAUAACACUAAUCUAGUAGCAAGUGUCAAAUUUGCCAAGUGCUUACACUUCUAUCUAUAUAUUCAUCAAUAUAUAUAUAUAUAUAUAUUACAACCACCCAACCAGUCAACUCACCCACCCGCAUUUAUUUUUUUGGAAAGUGCGCAAUUCUUUUGCCAUUAAACCAAACCCUCAAGAAAGCAAAGCAAACUACAAAAAAAAAAAACAGCACAAAUUUAAGAUGGCUUCCCCAGCACCAGCACUCAAGGAUUUGCCAAAGGUGGCCGAGAACCUGAAGAGCCAAUUGGAGGGCUUCAACACAGAGAAACUGAAGAACGCCAGCACCCAGGAGAAAAUCAUUUUGCCCACUGCCGAGGAUGUGGCCGCCGAGAAGACUCAAAAGUCCAUUAUUGAGGGCAUCACCGCAUUCGAUCAGACCAAUUUGAAGCAUACGGAGACCCAUGAGAAGAAUCCAUUGCCCGAUAAGGAAGCAAUUGAACUGGAGAAGGAGAAGAAUCAAUUCAUUGCCGGCAUCGAGAACUUUGAUGCGAAAAAAUUGAAGCACACCGAAACUAACGAGAAGAACGUGCUGCCAACCAAGGAGGUCAUCGAGGCCGAGAAGCAGGCCUAAAGCAGCAUAUAUACAUUUUUUUUUUUUUGUUUUUUGGGCAAACAAGCAUUCAGCAUUUGCUAACUACGACAAUGCGUCGCAACUCUCUCUCUCUCUCACUCACUCUAGCUCUUUCGCUCACUCACUCACAUUCAGCUUUUAUAAAUUUUUUGUGUAUGUUUUUUUUUUUUUCUUUCUUUCUAUAUAUUCAUAAAAUUUAGUUCAUCAUUUUUUUUUUUGUGUUUUUGUUCAUAUAAAGAGAAAAGCAACAUGUAAUAUGAGAAGCAACGACUGCAAACAGCCGCCAUCCAAUAUAAGCAAACGUUCCACAACAACAACUGCAACAACAACAACAACAACAACAACAGCAACUAUUGCAACUAAAUCCAGUGGCUACAUCAAUGCCACAGCUGAGACAAUGUUGUGCAUGCGUCAUUCGCGUCAUUCGCGACAUUCGUCAAUGGAAUCGUAGCUGCUUUUUGUUGUUGUCGUUCUGAUUGUUGUUGUUGCAAGUUGUUUUUUUUUUUUUGCCAAGUUGAUUUCCAAGUCUUGUCAAAUAUGCAUUUGCAAUAAAUAAGCGAAUUAAAGCUCAUUCCUACUAUUAAAAAAAAAGGCGCAUAUAAAUAAAUUCACGCUAAUCAAUAAAGACACAUGCAAUACAGACACUGAAAUAUUUGCUUACUUUAUAACUUAGUAUAUCUUCAAUGUACUUUUUAAAAGACACGAUGCUACGCACGAAGAUGAAAACAAAAACAACAACAACAAAAAGAAAAACGUUUUUUAAACAAUUGAAAUUAAC